ACGGGCGAUCAAGAAGGCCCGUGGCCUAGGUCAAUGGCCCGCAUUGCACUUUGCUGGGCGCGUUGGCUUACCAUCUCCCCACAGUGGGAGAGUGGACGUCGUAAUUUGUGCUAGAGGGGGUACGCGUUCGCGCGGCCCCUGCCAAUUCUCUCAAUUUAAAUUUUGGUCCUCCGACCGACCUUGCUGCGUGUUAAGCCUAGAAAAUGAAAAUGCGAAACUGUCCCUGUCAAUUACCUAAAUUUAAUUUCGCCCCUCCGCGGGCAAUAUUUUUUUAUUGCCGAGUAUUUAAUUUUAAUAAACAGAACUGCGAGAUUCUGCAGAAAAUAGGUCUUGGAGCCCAAGCACGAAGGGAAAAGGACCGGAAGAUUGAUUUUGUGGAGGAUUUCACCGAUGGCUCGGAGCGUGACGUACGUCUCGGCGGCGAAGCUGGUGUCCAUGGCGCGGGGGAACCACCGGAUGGCCGUCAUCGACGUCAGGGAUGAGGAGAGGAGCUACCAGGCCCACAUCGCGGGGUCGCACCACUUCGCCAGCGGCAGCUUCGCGGCGCGCCUGCCGGAGCUCGUGCAGGCCACCAGCGGCAAGGACACCCUCGUCUUCCACUGCGCGCUCAGCCAGGUGCGAGGCCCAUCCUGUGCUAGGAUGUUUUCAGACUAUCUAUCAGAGUCCAAGGAAGAUUCAGGGAUAAAGAACAUCAUGGUGCUGGAACGUGGGUUCAAUGGAUGGGAGGUUUCGGGGCAGCCCAUCUGCAGCUGUAAAGAUGCUCCUUGCAAAGGCACAUGUUGCUGAUGUUCCUGGUUUACGGAACUGGAACAGUUCAACUCGUCGCCUUGUUGAAAUGAUCAUUCAUAACAUUGAUAAUAAUCUCAUUAGAUUUGACAACGGAAUGUCAUUGAACAUUUCAUUUGCAUAUACACAUGCCUACAACACUUCUUUUUAGCUUUUACGUGCGUCUACUGCACGGAGUGUUGAGUAAUGGAAAAUGUUUUCUUCUUCA